AGGGUCACGUGACGGCCUGGUCCGUAGUUGCUGUGUACACACACUAUUAUUAGAACUGGAAUGUGUGUGGCGACCUGAUGGGGAACUCUGACACCCGGACAACAAACUUCACACAGCUUUCUUUCCCAUAUGCACUUUCGCCUCCUGUUUCUCCCAGUGCGCCGCAGCGUGUGUGUGACAGUGUGUGCAUGUGCGCUUUCAUGAGAGAAAGACCAAGGAACAAGAGUGGGGGAGGCAGAAAAUGUGAAGCUUUGGGGGGGGUGGAUUUUUUUGGCCAAAUUUGCCCUGAUUUGAGGCAGAGCGACGAAAACCCUCGGAUGAUAUAAACAAGGGGAAACGAGGAUGGACAGCCCGUUGCUGGAGGUAUAUCAGUACAAGGACCGGGAGCUUUCGUCGCAUCUGCUUGUCCAGCUGAAUGCUUUAAGGCAAGAGGGGAUCUUCACUGAUGUGCUCCUGUGCUCUGAUGACAUGGAGAUCCCAUGUCACCGAAACGUCCUGGUGUCCAGCAGCCCCUACUUCAGGGCCAUGUUCUGCAGCAACUUCAAAGAGCGCCACCAGGACAGGAUAGAUCUGAAGGCUAUUGCUUCCAGCGUUCUUAGCGGCAUUGUAGACUAUGUGUAUACCGGGGCCAUCACAAUCACCAUGGAGCUGGUGCUGCCUCUCAUGCAAGCUGCCUCCAUGCUGCAGUACAACCGACUCUUCGAGGCGUGCUCCACAUUCCUGCAGGAGCAACUGAGCCCGGACAACUGCCUCAGCAUGAUCCGGCUCUCUGAGAUCCUGCACUGCGCCAGCCUGCGCGAGAAGGCCAAGGAGAUGGCAGUUCGCAGCUUCUCCGACGUGGCCGCCUCUGAGGAAUUCCAUGAGCUCUCGCUGCCGGAGCUCCUGUGCUACCUGGAAGACGACAGGCUGUGCGCAGAGGAGGAACAGGUCUUUGAGACACUCUUGGCCUGGAUCCAUCACGAUCCGUUCUCCCGGCGUGGCGCCAUCCAUGACCUCUUCAAGAGAGUGCGCCUGCGCUACAUCCACCCAACGUACCUCUUCCAGUUCAUUGCCAACGACCCCCUAAUCCAGUCGUCCACCCUCUGCACGGAAAUCAUAGAGUCGGUCCGCAGACUCAUGUUCUCCGUCAGCACCAAGUGCAGCGAGGAUCUGGGACCGCUGUGGGUGACUCCACGUCGGUACACGUGCCACGAGACGCUGGUGGUAGUGGGAGGGCGCAAGAACAGCGAGCAGACAUCCCGCGAGGCACUGCUCUUUGACGAGCGCACUCAACGCUGGCAGUGGCUAGCCAAGCUGCCCGUCCGACUCUACAAGGCCUCCUAUGUCUGCAUCCACAGCAUCCUGUAUGUUCUGGGUGGACUAGCAAUGACCUCAGGGGAUGGUGUGGUUAGUACCACCGUGUACACGCUAUCCCUCAAGACCAACCAGUGGCGCACGGCAGAGCCCAUGUUGCAUCCACGCUAUGCCCACCAGAGCGUCUCCUAUUUGCACUUCAUAUUUGUCCUUGGCGGUAUCGGUCCUGACAAGCAGAUCUCCAAUACUGUGGAGAGGUAUAACAGCAUGUUCAACCUCUGGGAGCCCAUGACCACCAUGCCCACUCCAGUUCUACAUCCUGCUGUGGCAGCGAAUGACCAAAGGAUCUACGUAUUUGGCGGGGAGGACGCCAUGCAGAAUCCUGUCAGGUCAAUACAGGUGUAUCACAUAGCUCGGAACCUCUGGUGCAGAAUGGAGACGAGAACUGUGAAGAAUGUAUGCGCUCCGGCCGCCGUCAUUGACGACAAGAUCUACAUUGUCGGAGGGUACACAAGAAGAGUGAUAGCCUACGACACCAAGGCGAACAAGUUUGUCAAGUGUGAAAACAUGAAGGAGAGGAGGAUGCACCAUGCCGCCACCGUCAUUAACAACAAGUUGUACAUCACCGGGGGACGCUACAUCAACAGCCAUGAUGUCAUUGAGGACUCGGACUGCUUUGACUGCUACGAUCCAAAGACGGACGUAUGGACCUCGAAAGGGACUCUGCCAUACAAGCUAUUUGACCACGGCUCCCUGCCACUAGUUUGCGUCUCUAACAAUCCAAACCCACCGUGAAGACCAUCUCCAUCCCACAAGAGCCAAUGCAACAUACGAUGCUGCCCGUGCUGCAAUAUAUCGUAGCAAAAUCGUUCGCUGUCCGACAGUCGGCUAUCGCCCGAAGUACCGUUGCCGAAGACGACUGAAUGCCUGCAUCUGCAGCGUGUCUUAAACUCAGUUUUGAUUUACACUGUGUAAUGUAGCACCAUAAACCACAUGGGGUACAUUUACCCUCCGCUGCUUGUUAGCUUGUUCACUGACAUAAGUCUCGUUCUUCUACAGAAGUAAAGCUUAAUUAUCACUGUGGUAGAGAUUGUUAGUUUGAGCAUCCUAAACCUGUAUAUGACAGGAAGCAAAGACCAUUAUUUCAUUUUAACGCAUUGAAGAAGAAAACGCAGACUUUUUACGAAGGCACUCAUGAACCUGCAUGCCUGAUCAUUCAUCAAGCCUUUUGCCUAUCAAACAUUCCUCUCCAGCUCACAUUCUUUAUUUUUGUUCACUUGAUAAUGAGUGCCACGGCAUUCAAACUAGCCAGAUAAAACUGAAAUCCAAAAAUAGUGUCUUUUCUAUUGCUUCUUGUAAAUUUAUUUAUUUAUUUGCUAACAUAAUCCAAAAAGGUGGGAAACCAGAUGCAGCUCUUUUUCACAUUGUCUGAUUUGUUUCAUGGUAUUCAGUCAUGUAAAGAUGUAAAAAUGUGUUUCUUAUAGCAGCAGAUAUGGGCAUUAGUACGAAAUAAUGUGUCCCCAGAGCUGCACAGUGAGAACGAUGAAUAUGCAUGCAAAAAACACAUUAUGUAUAAGACAACUUCAGCAGUAGAUUAUCAGGCUUAAAUAUUAGGAUUUUGUACAUUAAGUACAUUUGUACUUGUACAUUAAGUUUCUGGAAAAGAGAGACAAAAAGGAAGUCCGAGUUAUAAAAGCACAUUGGACAUUAUUAUCGUAACUAUUUGCUGGCACUUUUUUCAAUCUGAUCUUUCAGCAGGACACUUGUACAACCCUUCAGGUUGAGUAUCUUAUUCAAGGGUCCCACAGCAGGUUACCUUCAGGUUAUAAGCCCAUGUCCUUAACCUCUUUGCCACCUGCUGCCUUUCUAACACUAUCACUGGAUCCACAGUGACAACUCGGGAACUGGGUCAUACUGGUGUCAUAGGACCAUGGUAUUGUCUCCACCGUCCUUGAGCAUCAUAAUGGAAGGAAUGUGUGCACUUGUGCACUAUAAUCCCCUUCCCUGCGAUCAUCCUUACACAUCUGAUCCAAAUGGUUUAUCCCUCAGAACAUUAACCUUGUUAAUUACUUACAUUGUGCCCUAUUGAUUUACAUUAACCUUUUCAUUCUGUCUCUGUACUGUUUUGUACAUGCUGGUUAAAAUGAAAUAAUUUCUACGGAAAAAAUACAG